UAAAUGUAUAGUUGAAAUGCUGUAAGUGUAUGAUUUAACAGUGGAAUAAUCCAUUAAAAAGAAUGAAACAAUCUUAGUUCCAAAGCCCUAAGAGAAAAGCAUAUACUUAACUGGAUUCUUGUAUAGAAAACACUUUCAAUAUCACUGGCUGAAUAAGAAUGAUGCUCCAAGUUUGAUUAAUUUGGCAAUAUGAAAUGCAGCAUAAGGUGUUGUUUGAGAAAUUGGACAAUAUGUAGCGCAGUUGAGCCUUUGUAGCUGCUAAGAUCCUUAUAGGUGCAGAAAAGACUGUCAAAGUUUCAGUGCCUGAGAAAAGGUGUAUGUUCAUCCAUAAAUACAUACACCACCUGUAUAUGUAUAUUCAACAAUAUACAACAAAUGCCACAAUGGGAUCUUAGGAGGCAAAGCAAUAUUGUAAAUUAUAGCUCACUCUAGGAUAGAAGCAUAGAUCUUCCAUCUGAAACUCAUUCUGGCUGAAGACAAUUCUUUCUGAUUUUAAGUCCAGCCAAAAAGACCAGUUCUAUCAGGGGAUUACAACAUGCCUCUGAGAAAUGAUUACUUAGUUUAGAAGACAGCAUAGAGAUUAAAAAUUCAUGACUGUAGAAUUGAAAAAAAAAUCUACUCUUUCCUCUCAGGCUUAUGUUAGACUUGCAAUGAAGUUAGAAUGAACAGGAGCAUGCAGCUUUUAAUGCCUGGAAUAACUGUACCUUAUAGAUGAUCAUGCAAAACAGGUUGUUUAUUUAGGAUACUAUGUCUCAAACUCCCUGAUAGUCAAAAACUUUCAUUUACUUUUGUAUUUUGGCAAUCCUUGGUUGUACAGAAUUUCAGAAAUGAAUUCAUGAUCUGAAAAGUGCUUUCUGUCAAUCCGACUUCACAGCAUGACCCCUGCUGGGUCAUUAAUUCUAGCCAGGAGAGUAGCAAAGGGACAUGACGUCUGAGACCCUCCUUCUCGCCCCAGUGAGACAAACUGAGCUGGGGGCUUGAAACCGGGGGUAAUCCUUCCUGUCUAAUGUUCUCUUUAGAGAAUGGCAAUGGUCUCGGCGAUGUCCUGGGUCCUGUACUUGUGGAUAAGUGCUUGUGCAAUGCUGCUCUGCCAUGGAUCCCUUCAGCACGCCUUCCAACAGCACCACCUGCACAGACCAGAAGGGGGGACAUGUGAGGUGAUAGCAGCACACAGAUGUUGUAAUAAGAAUCGCAUUGAAGAGCGGUCACAAACAGUCAAGUGUUCCUGUCUCCCCGGAAAAGUGGCUGGAACGACAAGAAACCGACCUUCCUGUGUCGAUGCCUCCAUAGUGAUUGGGAAGUGGUGGUGUGAGAUGGAGCCUUGUCUAGAAGGAGAAGAAUGUAAGACACUCCCUGACAAUUCUGGAUGGAUGUGCGCUACAGGCAAUAAAAUUAAGACCACAAGAAUCCACCCAAGAACCUAAUGGAAGCAUUUGUUGCAGCAGUAAAGGAAAAACCAACUCUGCAGAAAAUAUAUUUUAAAAAUUUAAAACAUCUUACGUGUUUCAAGCCAAAUGGAUUUCUUAUUUGCACUUUGACUGGUUACCAGAUAAUCACAGCAGUUUACUGUGUGUCAUGAAGUAUCCCAUAGCGAGAAGACCCAGAGCUUUGGCAACAACAUGAAAAGUGGUCUGAAAAAAGGAUUUUCUCAGUGAAAAUUUUGGGAUUUCAAAGAAUGAUCGACUAUCCUCUAAUUUGGAUCUAUAGUUACUUUGUACCAUUUGAAAUAUAUGUAUAUAUAAUAUUUUGAAAUAUUAUAUAUUCUCUUCAAGAAAUGAACAGUACCACAGUU